GGGCGACAGCACUGAGAGGCACCUGUUUCUUAACUCCGAGUCCGAAAGGAGGCGGAGCUCACUAGCCCCCGGCCCGAGCACUUCUCAACACCCGGUGUUUGGCGAACCUGGGCGCAGCACGAGGCUGAGUGAGAUUCUGGACCUCUCAUCAUGAUGUCCCUGAGUAAGAGCGGAGUCAAGAAAUUCACAUGAAGUUCCACGGUCCGGCUUUAUAUAUACAGCUGAGGCCGAGUGGGAUUGAGAGAGAGGUUGUAUUGAAUUAAUACGACUUCCUACCUCACCAGUACGUACGACUACUAGUCCGCCAUUACAGCUACCCACAUGCAGCUUGCAUAGUCGCUACGCACCUGGCCAGGUUACAAUCUGCUUCUUCCCUGAAUUUCAAUUCAUACCGCAUCAUGACGGACGAAAUAUCAGGCUCCAGAGGUAGUAGAUCCGAACAUAAGUCACGCCGGCCACACAGGAAGUCUAGCAAGAUGAACCUGACUUGCCGAUAUCCAAAGAGGAGUCCCGGUCUAGUGUUAGCCUCGGAGUCACUAAAGAUCGGAGGAAUCAAGCCCAACUAUGAGAGUUCCAGCUCUGCGUCCCCCUCUGCGACAAGCCUCUUGUCACCGGCAUCAACAACUUGCGGCCCCUCCCCCGGUCCGCAACAUGUGACCAGACGACCGCGAUGCAACAAAAAGGUCGACUCAGCCCUGCGAUCGAGAGCAGUGCAGACACUUACACCGGAUGAGUUCGAGCUGUUCAAACACUAUCUCGAGCAUACAAGCAGGGACCCGACGGUUGACAACGGAGACCAGUACGCUUUGCAGGUCGGCAUCCCGAAUCUGGCCUGUGAGAGCAAGCCGCUCAUGAGAUCUGUGCUAGCCCUAGCGGCAGUAUGUAAAUGCUGCGAUGUCAUCAGCCAGCCAUUGUCGGUGCAUGAUCACGACAUGGAUGCACCCCUUCAGAGCCGCGGCCAAGUCCUUGAGCUUCUAUCACUAGCUCACCGGUAUCACAUGGGGUCGCUGCAGGAGAUUCAGACUGCCCUCCACGAUACCAAGUCCUACGACUAUAUUCUCGCGAACGCCGCUAUGAUGGGAAUGUACGGGUCUGGCAGCUACAGAGCCCGCGUCUGGUUGGCAAAAACGGCAGCCCCUGGGGAGCAAGCCCCGUGCGAUUUCAUACCCGAACAUGCCGAGUGGAUGAGCCUCUUCCGUGCCGCUCGGUUGGCUUAUGCCGGCAUUCUCAACAACCUGAAUACGGCCACAGCGGACGAUGAAGACGCCACGGCAUCGCUCACUACUCCCAAGGAAAGUCCUACCCUUUCCCGGUCGCCCGUUGACACUGCAGCUAUCCAGUUGCAGUACGAAUACAGAGUGUCACCUCUAGCCGAGCAGCCGAGGGCCCCUACAGACCACGCUCUGGGACCCAUCCUAGCCGCCACGGUGGAUUCGGCACUAGCAAAGCUCAGCAAGAAGGCCAUAGAGAUAGUAACUGCUGUCCAAGGGAGCAAUGAAGUGGGCGACGGCAAUGAAGACGCGGAGGCGCCAACCAGCACUAGUACUCCUCGCGAAAGCCACAGCGGCUUCGACCUUGAAGCGUGUCUCUCCGCCCUGGACAUCUUCAGCAGAAUUGUCGCCGAGACGUUCCCCUCGGCUUCCAGCAACACGAGGCUGCGGAACACACCAGGCCACGGUCAGCUCUCCUUCGACGUUGAUAUUGACCCGGUGGGGCGACUCUCGGGGGUUUCCCCCUGGCUGCGGAGAUACACGGCCAGCAUCACCUCCAUGGUGCCCUCGCGGCUCCCCCGGAGAAUCAUCAUGGCCUUCAUCCACAAGAUCCCCACCCGCUAUCUGAAUCUUGUUGAAGAGAUGGUCAGCUUCAUUCCGGCCAAGCCGUACUAUGCCGGCGAUGAGACGGCUUGGAUGACUCCCUCAGUGUCCAUGAGCCCGGAGCCUAGUCCGGCGCACCAGCUCGCGCUUGACAUAUUUGCCCACUGGCUUGUGCUGGUGAUUCUGCUAGAUAAUGUGUGGUGGAUUGGGGACAUCGGGACCUGGGAGCUGGGGCGCAUUGUUUCUUUCAGGAACCAUGUGUCGUGGCGUUGGUGUCGGUGGGAGAAGGAUGAAGCGUGGUGGCCGGAGAGCUGUACAUAAUUGCUUUUGGGAAGUCCCAUGGCUAACUCGGAACGCGCGUGAUCGGCCGCUACGCUGCGCAUUC